UCACCGAGUUUCUCCAGGGAGUUUCGACAUCAGACAGAAUGAUCACCACUUCUUCGUACCGCCUUCCGACGCUCCUUUUCGUCUCUAUUUCUUCCGAAAACUGAAGGCAAAAGAAACUCAGCGUUAAGAUGGAGAACGUCUUCAACGACUUUUUCGUCUUUUCCUUCGUCGCUCACGCGCGGUCGGAGAAAGAUUCGUACAGGAACCGAAGACGGAACCUGUGGUUGACUCUUCAGAAACAUUCUUGGUUCGAAAAGGGAGAAACCUUCAACAGCGUCGAAAAAGGAGUUAUCUAUCCCGUCAUCCACCGUCUUCAUCUAAACACCAACAAAGUGGCUCUAUUGGAACCUUCGGAACUGGGAGACGACUUCGACCUGCGCCAAGGCCUCUACACCGAGAUCCACCGUUUUCAACCCCCUAACUUCGCCUCGGCCUCUCGCGCGGAGGACGAUAGGGCCUGCAUCUUCGUCGGCUUCGUGUGUCUGGAAAACGCCUUAGACAGCGUCCUAGAAGAGUCCUGGAAAGAAUGGACCGGCGCCCGUCUCAUGUACUCCAAUCUCUCCCCCGACUUCUCCGUCUCCAGGUUGUCCUUUUAUCGACGGAUCGAUCCGCCCGACCCAGACGUCUUCAUGUACGUGUUACUGGUCGAGUGCGCCGACGUCACCUCUCGCAACAUCUUCCGGUUGCUUAACUUUGUGCAGAAACUUAGAGUAGAGCGUGUUUUCGGUUACUUGUCCGUCUACAAGACGGAGUCGACGCUUCUCACCUCCUCGCUCAUCAACGGGAUGCUGAUGGAGUCCGACGAUGCCAACGGCAAAGUGGACAUCUGACAAUUAAACGCCCUUCUGACCCUCUUGACUCAGUGACCUCUGGGACGCUUCCGAUUCCAGAGAGGGAAAACGCGUUUCAUACGAAGAUGACUCGUUCCAGAUUUCAAACCUUUCAUCGAUUUCUUUGAUUUUCGAUUUUGUUUUUCUUGGGCCUACAGACGAACGAUGAGACCAGCCCGGAAUUCUUCUGCCUCUAUUCCGACGCAAUUGAGAACCGGAAAAGCGUAGGGAUUCAAACGUGCACAAGUAAAUGAACGUCAUCUGAUUAUUCGAAUCGAUGGGUGAGACAGAAACGACGUCGGCCCUCCUGUCGGAUCGAAGUUGAGAAAAUUUUGGAUUGUCGCUUCACCCGGCCAACUGACGAGAGUUGACAAGAGAGGAUGGUGAGGAGAGUAAAAAUGCGUUGGAAAGUCGGAUGGAAAAAAUCCCCGAAGAAAUAUUUUUUGCAAUUUUUGCAUUUACGGAAAAGCGAAAAUAAUUCUGUUUUUUCCAUUGUUUGCAUACAUUUUCAUCUAAUCGCCUGUCUCGGACCAAUGUUUCUGGCUUAAUAAAAGCCGUGUAUAAAACAAUUGUAAAAUAAUAUUUUUCUCUUCCGAAUGUUCAUUGACACUCGACCAUUCUUAUAGGAAGAGGCGUCUAUAAUUUUAAUGGGAGGGGUGCGAAUAUUCUUUUAGGUUUCGGAUGUCGCCGUAAUAUUGUUAUUCGAUACUCUUCGACGAAUUUAAUUUCAAUUUUCCGAAUUAAACGUCCCGAAAAAAUCCUUUUCCAUUUUAGAUGAACAUUUUGUAAUUGUCAAUAAAUAUUCCUCUUGUGAAAGAUAAA